AUGGAUCAAGUUUUUACAUACAACUAUAGUCUUGAUAAAAUUUUAAAAGAACACGAUGAUUUCAUUGACCCAACAUUUAUAAUUGAGUGUCCGCCUACACCAAAGUUAGAAUAUGAUAUUGAAGAUAAUUUUUACCAUCAACAAACAUUUAUUAUUGAUGAUCAAUAUCAAUAUUUACAACAACAGCAACAGUAA